AUGCUUAACUUUUUCAAACGAAAACUGAAAUAUCGAGAACCUUACGAGUCAUUUAAUCAUGAUGUGAAUGAGAAUCAUAAAACAAGGUUCGAUCUCAUACGUUUGAGUGCCAUCGUUUGUGGAAUCGAGUUUUGCUAUGCAGCAGAAACAGCAUUCGUGUCUCCUAUACUUCUGCAACUUGGUUUACCUGUUAUAUUCAUGAGCUGGAUAUGGUGUUUACCCCCAUUAAUUGGCUUUUUUCUCGUACCUAUCCUUGGUUCAUUAAGUGACAAAUGUCAAACGCGAAUUGGACGACGACGGCCUUUUAUUAUUCUUUAUUCAAUCGGUAUACUCACAGGUCUUCUGCUAGUUGCGAAUGGUCGCCGAAUUGGACAAUGGUUUGGCGAUAAGCAAAAUUCACCAUUCAAUGUGGAUAGAGCGUCUGCGAAUACGACGAUCGAAUCUGGUUCAUUGAUAUCAUAUAAAUUUAGUACAUUAAUGACCGUAGUCGGAGUUGUUUUACUGGAUCUUGACUGCGAUGCGUGUCAAAGUCCAAGCCGUGCUUAUUUACUUGAUGUAACCAGUCCUGAUCAACAUUCAGCAGGCUUAACAACAUUUACAUCAAUGGCCGGUCUCGGUGGUAGCUUAGGAUACUUUCUUGGAGGUAUUCCAUGGGAGAAAACAAUUCUAACACAAAUUCUUGGAGAUCAUGUUCAUGUUUUGUUUACAUUGGUUUGGAUUAUCUAUCUAAUUUGUAUGAUACUAAGUGUUACAGCAGCAAAAGAGCCAAGUAGUACUGCUAUUAUGGCAACAAAUCUUAGUCGAUCAACAUCACGACAGUUUCUCAUUUCAUCUUAUUCGUCAAUGAUAAAUAUCAACGAAGAAAGCGAUCAGUACGAACAAACAGCAAUAAAACCCCGAGAUCGUUAUGCGUCUAUAUCCUCGAAUAAUAUGAAAAUUUCCUAUGUAGAUUAUCUCAAAUCGAUUAUCUAUAUGCCAACAUCGUUGAGAUGGCUUUGCGCGACGAAUUUCUUCUGUUGGAUGGCACUGGUCUCGUAUUCGUUAUACUUCACAGAUUUCGUCGGACAAGCUGUUUAUGGUGGAGAUCCAGCGUAUGAAUCGAAUCAUCCAUUAAGAAUCUUGUACAAUGAUGGAGUUCGGUUUGGCUCAUGGGGUAUGUCAAUCUAUUCGAUCUCAUGUUCAAUUUAUUCUUUCAAUAUUCAAAAACUGAAUCAUCACUUCGGUAAGUUCGGAAUAUUCCAUCUAUCGUGUUCUUUAUCAUCAUUUAUGAAAAUAAUCGAAGGUAUUAAACGAGUAUACAUCGGUUCACAAUUGAUCUAUGCGAUUGGAAUGUUAUUAAUGGGAUACUUACGACAUCGAGUCGCAGUCAUUGUUCUUUCUGCUGUAUCGGGAAUUCUUUAUUCAACACUAUUUACAAUACCAUUCUUACUGAUUUCAAAAUAUUAUACGUCGAAUACGUAUGGACAAACGAAUUUUGAUGGGCAAAUUCGUGGAAUUGGUACGGAUGUGGCAAUUCUAAGUAGUAUGGUAUUUUUGGCCCAACUAUGUUUGUCGUCAACGAUGGGAACAUUGAUUCAUUUAGCUGGUUCAACUGUUGUUGUUACUAUUAUAGCAAGUAUUUUGAGCGUCUGUGGAGCCAUCUCAGCUACUCAAGUACUCUAUAUUUAA